AUGUCCGAUAGCCACACUUGUGACCAUCCGGGAUGCAGGAUGGGCCCAUACCCGACCAGCGAAAUUGCCCGGAAGCACCGAUAUCGGUACCAUUCCGUUCCUAUUCCAUUCAUGAUUGAUGGUCACCAGUACAUUGUGGGCCGGUCCGAUGGCCGUUAUGCCUGCCCACUCCCAGAGUGCGGCAAAAUUUUCAAAAAGCGUGAAAACACUCAGGCGCACAUCACUGCGGAUCACAAUAGGUCGGUUAGGAUCAAGGUCUUUGGCACUCCUGAGUUUAUCUCAGAAACCCCUUCCAAUCAGGCGAUCGGAAGCAAAAGUCCUUCGUUUGAUGCGGAUGCUGUGAAUGUACCGCUGUUGCCUUCAGUAGACUAUUUGGAGUCCAAUGAGGUUCUUGAUGCACUUGGCCUGUGCAUGCAUAGCCGUCUAAAGGUCCUGCUCUGCUACUCGUGCCGGGUGGCAUUGACCUCCGGUAUGGUCGCAGGACACAGAAAAAACCACCACCAUUCAUAUCAGGUACCAUCAGCAGCGCUGCAGGCCGUAUUGGAUUUUUGCUCGGAAUAUACCAUCUAUGAGAAGCGAGAGAACGUGAAGCUACCUACUGCAGGAGGACCGCCUGUCCAGCUUGUUGCAGAUCCAAGCGACGGUUUUACAUGUACAGCAUCCCCUGACUGCUUUUAUUCAGUCAAGGACCUAUCAAGCAUGCAGCGACAUGGUCGAGAGAAACACGGCACCACUCGCUUGGUGGAGAUUCGGUAUCGACCUUGCCAAGUCCAACGUAUCUUCACUGCAGUGCGCAACUCGUACUUUGAGAUAGGCCAGAAUGUUAUUCCAGGUGCCAGACCAGACAUCAGAACCACUCUUCAGGCCACGUUCCUACCUACACUCGACAUAGCAUUGGUCGUUCCAGCAGAAACAGAACGAGAGAGGACUCCUCUGACGCGCUUUAUGGGCUGGGACAAAUUCCUGGAAGAACUCCGGAUGAAUCCAACCCAGAGGCGAGCAGCAGAGCAAAUCAAGAAAAAGCAUACUGAUGAUGAGUCUGGCGGGAUAAUCACACGUCUCGCUGCUACCGUCCGAGACCACAUGGCGAGGGCAUCGACAAUCUUGGAUGGCCACCCUCAUAGGUUAAGCUUAUCAAAGCUCCUGUUGUAUGGUGAUUCAAUACCACGAGACACUCAUUAUGCUCCCAGCGACACUCAUUGGAGGCCCGUGUCAGAUGACAACGUCGACUAUCCAAACUUCAUGGUCCAGCUUAUGAGAGCAAUCGUUCGAAUUCACCUCGGAUCCCCACUCGAGUUCUCAUUUUCGCUCUCCACCGUGCAGACGACGUGUCUCGAAGAGCUUUUGGUUGUCCUCCGCAACGACAACACCUCUCCCCGCAGGCGGAUGAUCGCCUAUCAUAAUCUGGCGUGGUCUUUGGUCGAUACCGACCCGGAUCUGUGCGUGGUCGAUCGAUGGGCAAACCCAAUCAAGCGAGCCAUCUGGCUCAGGGCGCUGCGUGCGGACGGAAACUUCUGUGAAGCAUCCUUCCUUACCCCAGACCUCGCAAAGUUAAAAUACUUUUGCAACAUCACCUCGCUUCUGGAAGCACUGAUGGACAAAGAUGAGGAUGCCGACGCGGUGCAUUUCGACGAUCAUGACCGCGUCAUUCGCAUUCACGAGCGGGUUCUACGCCUCGGUCGUACCACGACGUUUAACAUAGUGUAUGAGAUGCAGCAGUAUGCAUCGUCUGUGGUAUUCAAUCAAACGAGAGAGCCAAACGUCUAUGUCGAUCCCGACGUGAAAUCCAUCACCAUCGGCACCAACACCAUGCAUAUGGACAUGCUUCGGGAUGGCAUACAAAGGCUUCUCCUGGAGUUGAAAUCGCGCUAUUCCGCCCUCACCAAUGACAAUGUCGUGUUGAAGGAGGUUCCAGAGCAGGUCAAGGACGACCUCACAAAUUCGACGCGUGGUUAUUCGCUCGCGUCGGAGGAGCCCUUUUACAAGAAGCGCCAUGCCUUGUUCUUGUAUCUGGUAGAUCACUACGACCUUGCAAUGGUCGACAACGCAGGACGAGUCGCAUGGAACAUCCCCGGAAUAAAGGAGCUUCUCAGACGCUCAUUCCGGGUCUGGGAGCCUCUUUAUCAUUUGCUUUACAUCACCACACACAUCUCCUGUCGCGGCACACAGUUCAUCGACCACAAAGUGAGCAAUGCGGACAGGCAUCGCAACCUGUUCAUGCAGGGCAACGAGAUGUUCCUGCUGACGGGCUACAGCAAAAAGACCGGCAUCACCGAUCGCGACUCAUGCACUCCUGGGUUCGUGCCGAAGGAGGUCGCCUUUUGGGCCCUCGAACUUCUUGCAGGGGGGUUACGCACUGCUGAAGCCAUACUUGCUGGGGUUGCAUUUGGCCCGCAGGCUGAACAUGUAUACAGAACCUAUCUAUGCGUCGGUGAGGGAGAGCGGAUUAGUCCCACGAUGUUUUCCGCCAACAUCCAGCAGUGGAACAACGAAUAUUUCCAAUGCCGAUGGGGAGUGAGAGAUUUCCGGCAAGGCGCGAUCACCAUGGGUCGCGAAUUCAUCGCCCCAGACGAAUCUUAUGAUCAAGCUGACAACAUCCUCGCAGAGUCUGCUGAUCACUCCACUGGAAUGGACCAUAGCCACUACGCCGUCAUCCAGGGAGUAGUCCCUCGACUGUCAAACAAUAGCAUGUGCAAGCACAGAUGGCUGGGGGAUCAGUGGCACAGCGUUCUUGGUCUCGGUCCAUUUCCUCCUCCAGAGGCGAUUAGAAUCAGUCGUAAGAACUUGUCCAAUGGGACAUCCGUCCGGUCCAUAUCUGACCAUGUCAAGAAAAUCAUGGAAGAGACUCUGAGAUCGUUUUUUGACCUUAACUAUUCAGAAAUCCAGAAGGCCGCGGUCAGCAUCGCCGUCAUCAAACAACGCGAAUAUGCACUGCAGCCCACGUCGGAAAUUCCAUCCCUGCCACCCAGUAACUGGAAUGGCCGCCCAAUAAGCUUGGAUAGUAAUCUGGAUGACUUGUUUUAUAAUGAGUGCGGGAGUAUUCUUCCUGCUCCCGCCCAAUCCUCAGGCACCAGUGGGUAUAAUCAGACCAGAAGUAUGACGUCCGUCGUAGCUUUGUCACCAACCGCAAGUGGGUAUAUUCAAUGCGGAUCUAUGCUAUCGGACUCCCCACUACCAGCGUCAUCCGUUGAAAGCUUCUCGCGGAGUGAAUACAUGGACGGCUUGCUACCAUUACCUGACAUCUUUCCACCCGGUGAUCAGCCCGAAUCAAUCCCCGUCCAAGAUUUAAAAGGGAAGGGUAGAGCAUAUGAACAAGGCCAGCGUAGACCGUCAAAUAGUAGGGCAUAUGAGCCAGGCCACCCUGGGUCGUCCUCCUCCGCAGUCCGUGGUCCCACAAGGAAUGGAAAGCGCCAGUACUCCGUCACAUCCACGACCACUGCCGCUCCGGUCGCACCGACUGCAUUCCGUGUGCGCAAGCAUGCACUACAGGACGUACUGGAAUCAGACGAGGAACUAACCAGGAGUCCUAAACGUAUUCGUAGAGUGUCUGUGGAGGUCAUGAGAGUCUCCAGCACUAGCGACUUGUCGAGUCUCGACAAUCCGCAACUAAAACGUCUGCGUGCUCCCAGCACGACGGUGAACAAGGCUCCUAUGGAGAUUAUAACUCUCCCGAGCGAUGAUGACGAGUCAAGUCCGGAUGAAAACAUUCCGAUCAAAUAUCGUCGUAGGACCAGACCUUUUCGUCACGUCGACAGCAUGUCAAGUUUUGCAGCUGCUGGUGGCAGUCAACCAUCCUCACCCCCAAGCGCCGUUCGAGACAUCAGGGAAGAGAUUCGACGCGCCAUCAGACACAUCAGGAAGGAUGACGCCGCGAGGGAAAAGAGCACUGCGCAGAUGAACGUCCUGAUUGCCGUCAUGACUGCAGAUACGGACCUCGUCGUCACUGAUGAAGACAGGAGGCGGAAAAAGCAUGUCGUGGAUGGUCCCCUCGGUAAUGGACGAGGAAGCGAGAUCUAUUGUCCUCGGCUUCUUCCGUGGAAAAAUCUUGCGCAGAAAUUCAGCAAGAUGAGCAUCAAGAUUGUUCUUAUGACAGGGAGCGGACCACCAUGCCGUAUUGCGAACUUGAUCAACCCCUUUGGCAUGAAGCGAAACUUGAUAACCGAAAUCCGGUCAUCGACAAACCGUCCAGAGAUUGGCAUGCACGUCGUACACCUCCAUCCCAUCGCAGCAAAGCAGUCCCUAGUCCACCUCGUUGCCGCUCUAUCCAAACGCCUGGCAGCGGAGGAACGCAUCCUGGUGUUCUGCGGCUCUCAAGGUGAUGCAGAAGGGUUCGCGCUGCAGGCAAAAUGUGCUGUCUAUCACAGCGACCUCUGGGAGGCUGGAAAUACUAGGGAGUCUAAUCUGAAUCGGUGGGAUUCGGGCGAGACAAAGGUCAUGGCGUGUACAACAGCCUUCGCACAGGGUAUGGACAGGCCGCACGUGCGAUAUGUGGUGAUAUUCAAGCCAUCAUAUGGGCUCAUUGUCAACAACCAGAUGCUGGGCCGCGCGGGUCGCGAUGGGAAGGAGUCUCACGUGUUCUUCCUUACUGAUCGUGGUAAGAAGGCGUCCAGGGGCCCCUCGACCGACCGGUGCAUGGGGGAGUUGGACGAGCUAGUGUAUGGAACACAGUGCAGGCGCUUUACCAACAUGCUGUGCAUGGAUGGCGAAAAUCUCGCUGUUAGAUGCCCAGACGAUCCAUCAGGGAUCUAUUGCGACGUGUGUGACCCAGAAAGCGUCAUGCAGCGACUAGCCAUGGAAGCCAUCGAAAGCCCGUUGAGGCCACUUGAGAUGCCGAAGGGCAUAGGUCCGCCAGUUUCUGGCGGCUCCUCCCUUCAAGGACCUAUACACGAUGUGCAUUCAAUGACCGCGGUAGUUGUGCCAGCAUCCACGCUACCUCAAACUGAGAUAGUGGCCCAAACUCCCUCAGAACUGACGACUCAGUCCAGUGAUGCUCUGUACGACCAGGAUGCAUCAGAGCUCACAUCGUUUGAGGUGCUGAUGCUGAAUGCCAUGGAGGACAUCCACGGGCCGAGUGCUAUUGGAUCAGCGACCGGGCCACACAUGACCACAUCACAACCAUAUGCGGGAAGCACCUUACAGCGCCCGCUUGGACAAGUAUAUGCGGGCCUUGAAAGACAAGUGCCCAGCUCAUUUUGGGAAUGGUGCUGUGUCUGCUCCUGCGGCCAACCACAUGUGCACUACGGAGUCUGGCCUUCCGAUGCAUUUGUAUGGAAGGGCGAAAAAUGUCCAUUCGCUGGCAUUAUUUUCAAGGCGGUAUUCUGCAUGUGGCACAACGAAGGAUUCCGUCAGUUAAUGAUCAAGGAGAUGGGGGGAGGAGCAUCGCUCGUGCUCUACGAUCAAUUCUUAGCUUGGAUAGUCCAGGACUCUUCCGACCCAGGUAGGUAUAACAAUCUUGUAGAGGUAUUCCUUUGGUUCUGCAGCGGGGUUGAGAAAGUCAAUCCCAAGUUCUUCGAUUGA